UGUUGUUGUCGUCUCUCUAGAUCUAUCCAGGUGCAGUGGAGCUGAUGCAGGUCAUCGAGGAAUUCAUCCACAUCGUUGGCCUGGGCAUGAAGGACUUCCACAACGCCUAUCUGAUGACUGGGAACUUGGUGGCCAGCAUCCAGAGGCUCCCGGCACUGUCUGUGAUGACUGACAUCAACUUCCCUAUGAAGGGCCGUAAAGGCAUGGUGGACUGGGCCAGGAACUCUGAGGACAAGGUGGUUAUCCCCAAGGGCAUCUUUCUACCACAGUCUGCAGACAUGGAUGGAUCACCUGUUUUCAUCCUGGGGACAGUCCUGUACAAGACUCUGGGACUGAUGCUGCCUUCACCAAGGAACCACACGGCAGUGAGCUCCAAAGUCAUUGCUGUCACAGUGAGACCAGAGCCCAGGAUAACAGAGUCACACCUGGAGAUCGAGCUGGCUCACCUGGCCAACGGAACCCUGAGUCCUUACUGUGCACUGUGGGAUAACAGCGUCAUGAACGAUUCUUGGGGAACCUGGUCGACUAAAGGAUGUAAAACCGUACUAACCGAUGCAUCCCAUACAAAAUGCUUAUGUGAUCGUGUAUCUACCUUCGCCAUUUUGGCACAGCAACCAAGAGAAAUAACCAUGGAGUACUCAGCGGUCCCCUCUGUGACUUUGAUCAUUGGUUGUGGUCUGUCCUGUCUCGCCUUGAUCCUGUUGCUAGUGGUCUAUGCUAUUCUAUGGAGUACUUCCCGUUAUUCCAGAUAUAUCCGGUCUGAGCGGUCCAUCAUCCUAAUCAACUUCUGUCUGUCAAUCAUCUCCUCCAACCUCCUCAUCCUGGUUGGACAGACACAGACACACAAUGCGGGUGUCUGUACCAUGACAACAGCCUUCCUUCACUUCUUCUUCCUGGCGUCGUUCUGCUGGGUCCUGACGGAGGCUUGGCAGUCCUACAUGGCCGUUACUGGGAAGGUCCGCACCAGGCUCAUCAGGAAGAGGUUCCUCUGUCUGGGAUGGGGAUUACCUGCGUUGGUGGUUGCCGUCUCAAUGGGAUUCACCAAAGCAAAAGGCUAUGGGACACCCCAGUAUUGCUGGCUAUCUCUAGAAGGUGGUCUCCUGUAUGCCUUUGUUGGACCGGCAGCAGCAGUGGUUCUGGUCAACAUGGUGAUUGGUAUCCUGGUGUUCAACAAGCUGGUCUCCAGAGACGGGAUUCUGGAGAAGAAGCCGAAGCAUCGAGCUGGACCGAUGAACGAGCCCCAUACAGGGUUAACUCUGAAAUGUGCCAAGUGUGGUGUGGUGUCCACCACUGCUCUCUCUGCAACUACAGCCAGUAAUGCCAUGGCCUCUCUGUGGAGUUCCUGUGUGGUUCUGCCUCUGCUGGCUCUGACCUGGAUGUCUGCGGUGCUGGCCAUGACAGACAAGCGCUCCAUCCUAUUUCAGAUCCUCUUCUCUGUCUUCGACUCGUUGCAGGGCUUUGUCAUCGUCAUGGUGCACUGUAUCCUGAGGAAAGAGGUCCAAGAUGCUUUCAGAUGUCGUCUCAGAAACUGUCAGGACCCCAGAAACUGUCAGGACCCCCUCAACGCUGACAACACUGGAACUUUCCCCAAUGGUCAUGCUCAGAUUAUGUAUGUUUCCAGCAACUGUGGUGGAUGCCUGACCAGGCCAGGGCAGUACGGCUCGGCAGGGAUCGCCUUGGCUCAGCUCAGUGUGAAAAGGACGGACUUUGAGAAAGACGUUGACAUCGCCUGUCGAUCAGCUCUCCACAAAGACAUGGGCUCUUGCCGCGCGGCGACCAUCACCGGCACCCUAUCCCGUAUCUCUCUGAAUGACGAGGAGGAUGAGAAGGGUCCCGAGGGGCUCAACUACUCCACCUUACCCGGCAACAUCAUCUCCAAGGUGAUGAUCCAGCAGCCCGGCAUGCACAUGGGCCCCAUGGGGGACAUGGGUGAGGGCUGCCUGGGCGACAGCGUGUCUGACAUGCGCCGCACCGUCUACCUGUGCACCGAUGAUGCUCUCCGUCAGUCCGACCAGGAUAUGGGCGGGCACGGGCAUGGCGGGAUGGGCAGUGGCCACGACAUGGGCAACAUGGGCGGUAUGGGUGGUAUGAGCGGACAUUCACCCCAAGGCCAGAUGAUGGAGACAGACUACAUUGUGAUGCCACGAGCUUCGGCGGCGUCAGCAGGAUCUGGGAACUGUAACACACUUCCCACUCUCCUGAAGGAUGAUAGCUCCACCAAGAUGAACAUGGGCCUGGGCAUGGGAGAUACGCUGCCCCAUGAUAGGAUGAUGCAACACUACAAGAUGGCACCGGACUUCAGCAUGAGCCCGACGGGGAUGGGCGGGAUUGGGGUCAUGGAGCACAUGAACAUGGGGGUGAACAUGGAUCAGAACCUACAGCAGCAGUAUGGGUCAGGAGGAGGACAGGAACACAUGCAGCAGAACCUGCCCUUUGAACCCCGAACCGCUGUCAAGAACUUCCUGGCUGAGAUGGAAGAGACUGGAGGGCUGUCGAGGAGCGAGACGGGAUCCACCAUAUCCAUGAGCUCCUUAGAGAGAAGAAAAUCGCGCUACCAAGAUCUGGACUUUGAAAAAGUCAUGCACACCAGGAAAAGACACAUGGAGCUGUUCCAAGAACUGAAUCAGAAAUUUCAAACCCUGGAUCGAUUUCAAGACAUACCAAAUAUGGGCAGCAUGGACAAGGCCAUGGCCAACAAGAACCCCUGGGAGAGCUACAACCCAGCCUGUGAGUACCAGAACUACGCCAGUAUGAAUGUACUAGACCCUGACCCCAAGGACUCUCUGGAGAUGACCGCAGCAGAGUGGGAGAAGUGUGUCAAUCUCCCCUUAGACGUCCAGGAGGGAGACUUCCAGACAGAGGUCUGAUCUGAUCUGAUCUAAACAAACCAGGAAAUGAGUCCAAAAUGGCACCCUAUUCCCAAUGAAGUGCACUACUUAUGACCAGGUCCUAUAGGCCUCUUUUUCACCAGUACCCAAAGGGCUCUUUUGAACAGGACUCAUAGGGCUCUGGUCAAAGGUAGUGCACUAUAUAGGGAAUAGGGUGACAUUUUGGAUGCACUCCAGAAAGGAGACUUCCAGGAAGUUAAAAACCAGGAAGAGGAAAACCAGGAGAAAAAAUGAUAACCAGGACAUGGAGGAAAGGGGAAAGGAUGUAUUUUGCACUGAAAAAAAUGGACAGACUGUCCUAACAGCCUUGGCCUAGUACAUAUCUGGAUUCUAAAGGAGGGAUGACAAGGACAUGAUGUGCCAAUACCAUUUAAGAGGAAAACACAGAGGACAGGAGGAAGAAAUACAACAAAAAAUACAACAAAAAUCAUCAGUGUUACUUUUUGUAUUCUCACUAGUGUACUUAGUGCAGCGGGCCAGCCAGGUGGGUGUACAAUAUUUACCAUCAUGUGUUUCAGAGUACCCAUGGUAAAGAAGAAUUGGUUUCAAAAAGGUGAAAAUCUUUCUAGAUGAAUAAACCUCAAAAGCUAAAUGAAGACAUAAUACAAUGUCAAUCCCAGCUUCGUUGGAUCCAGUUUUAUAUUUCACAAAACUGGACCCUGGAAGCACAAUGUAUAUAUUUAUGCAGGUUUUUAAAAAGUUUAUAACAAGUCUGUUUGGCCAUUACUAUACUUUUUACUUUAUAAUAUAAAAUAUAUAUGAGCGGAGAGUGGCAGGCAAAGAGGAUUUUCUGUCAUAUAAAAAUGAAUGUUUGUCAAAGCUACAUUCUUCAUUGCUUUAAAUGCAAUAAAGGUAAUGCUCACUUUUAUAUGAAUAAUAUAUUUCACAAACUUUAAUACUGCAGAAUCUUGCUUGAAGAAUCUCGGCUAAAACUCUCUCAUCUGCAGCCCUGUAUAAAAUAUUUAAAAAUGAAAAAUGUUGUAUGGUGUAAAUAAACUUUUGUCUACAUAUGUUUUACUUGUGCCAAUUUAUUUUAAUGAGAAAAAAAUGCCAACUUGAUCAAGCGUUAUAUAUAGCGUUAUAAAAUGUUAACAUUUGAACAAGGAAUGUAAAUAAAAGAGGAAAUAUGUUCGUACUG